UUUAUUCAAAAAAUACUAAAAUAAAAAUUAAAGACAACUUAGAAACUUUUGAAAAGCAGUCUUCAAAUAUUACAGCAUGUCAGCAAUAUUUAGUUAAGAUUAUAGAUUCUCUAGUAGUUAAAAUUGUAGACUCUCUAGUUGAUAAAAUUGUGAAUUUUUUAACAGUUGAAAUUGUAGAUUUUCUAAUAGUUAAAAUUGUAGAUUCUCUAGCAGUUGAAAUUGUAGAUUUUAUAACAGUUGAAAUUAUAGAUUCUUUAGUAUUUAAAAUUGUAAAUUCUGUUAAAAAUAUAGAUUUUCUAGUGAUUAGUCAAACUUUUUGUAGUUGGAAGGAAUUGGAUUGA